AUGUUUCGCCUAGAUGCCUUCAACAAAAUCCUUCAUUGCUGUGGUCAUCAUGAUGAAUGGAGUCAUCGAUCAUGGAGCACUUUGACUACCAUAAUCUCACGAAAGAAAGUGUCAUCUACAUUCAAUCGUCCAUUCUUCAUUCAGAAUAGUUUUAAUUGUAACACUCGAUUCUAUUCGACGACAACUUCCGAGCCUAUUUCAACAACACCGUUAAAACCAACAAAUGAAGAGGCCUCAUCCACACCAAUUUCAAACUCUAUUAAUAUUGAAGAUUUUAUGAAAGUAGAAAUCGUUGUUGGACAAAUUUUAAGCGCCCAAUUCGUGAAAAAGUCCAAGAAAUUAAUUUGUUUUCAAGUGAAUGUAGGAGAGCAAGAGACUCGACAAAUACUUUCGGGAAUACGAACUCAUUACCCAAAUCUUGAUAAAAAUCCUGCACCUUCAGAAGAGGAGUUGAAUCAGUUGUUUGUUGGGCAAAAAGUUCUCGUCGUCAAGAAUUUAGAGCCGAAAACCAUGGCUGGCCUACAAUCUCACGGAAUGAUCUUGUUUGCAACCAUUGAAAAUUCUGAAACAAAAACAUCUGAAAAUAUUGAAAAUACAAUCACUCCAAUCAUACCAAAAGAUUAUGAACGAGUAAAGCCGGGAACGAGAGUUUAUUAA